AAUUCAGGUCUUGUUAUUGGUCGCUGGUCAGGCACAUCGCGUAGUACACAUGUGCACAGCUGUGCAUGUACGUACCGGUACUGUCGGCCAGACAAAGGGAACAUAAUGAUACAAGUUGUAUGUUGAUUUGAGCUAGGCCUAAUUAAGAAUCUUCGAAGGUCAAAAGAGCCAAGUCUAGAUUUACAAUAUUCUGAGAACUAUAAAGAUGCAAUCUCUUCUGUCCAGCUGUGGCUCCAUCUUGCUGCUAGGUGAGGCAAACUUCUCAUUCUCACUCUCGCUGAGGAAGAUGCUGCCUUCUGAUAUCUCCAUGGUUACAACUUGCUUCCAGACAGGGGAUGUCAUCAAGUCUAGUGGUGAUGGGGAUAUUCAGAAGAACAUUGCUAACUUGCAAUCAUUAGGAGCUUGUGUUGUCUUUGGGAUCGAUGCCACCAAGCUUGACCAGUACACUUCUCUAGAGGGAGCCCCGUACGAUGCAAUUAUCUUCAACUUUCCCCAUGUUGGCGGGAAAGGGAAUAUUGGGAGAAACAGGGACCUACUCAAGCAAUUCUUUGAAUGCUGCUCCCAUAGGCUGUCACCCUCUGGUCAAGUCUUCCUCACCCUCUGCAACGGCCAGGGAGGAACAGCCGCUGACCACCCACAGAGGAUAUGGGGCAAUUCAUGGCAGGUCGUUGCCAUGGCAGCCUACGGGGCGUUCAUCUUGACCAGGACGAUGCCCUUUUGUGCCAAGGAUUAUGAGGAUUAUUACUGCACAGGCUACAGGAGUCAGUCCAAAGGCUUUUUGACACAGAAUUCCAUCACACACAUCUUCGAGAGGAGCACGGAACACAUCCACACCCAGCCCUGUCAGACACCCAAAGAACUAGCCAUCCAGACAGACCAAGGGAUGGUUACUUUAGACUGUCCAGUCGAUCUCAAUCGAGUGAUAGACAGAGAUCUUUUGUCAGAAGCUUAUCAUCCUGUGUCACUCAUCUCAAGAGAUUUACGUGGACAGAUUGAUGAAUCAUUCAAAGACAUUAAAUAUUGUCAAGAUAAAGAGAUCCCUCUUAUGUUGGAUUUAGAAGAUGCAAUCACUACUGGUCAUUGUUCCCCUUCCGAGCUGUACCAUCUCAAAAGGACUCCAAAUAUUCUACAGCAUAACGGGAGCCACGGCAAUCAGAGCAGUGGUGUACCACAAGGUGCAGUUCUUGGAACUGUAGAGUCACAUCAACAACCUUCAUUAUCAUCAGAUGGCAAUAGUGUACUAUCAGUCUCAUGCACUUAUGCACCACGGAUAGCAGUCGACAGUGAGAAAGAUGGAGAAUUAGUGGUUGAAGAUGAUAGGAAUGACGAGGAAACUUUGAAGCAGGAGGGGGUCAUCAUCUCUGAGGAAAAUUCAAGGACCGGGAAUACUAGAACAGUCCACUCAAAUUCUCAUCAUAGUGUCAGCAAUGGACCUCAUGAAACACCUCAUGCCAAAGUCCCAAGGUAUCAAUGUGAAUCCGGACAUACCAAGAAGCACUUUAUUCUAAGGCCUACACUUCUUACUCACGUCCCAGGUAGUCUUGGAGAUACGGUUACUCAAGGUGUCUACAUCUGUGGCAGAGUCUUCCGUCGCUGCGGCAUACUCCCAAACCUUUAUCCAAUUCUUCACCAAAGCCUGAUAGUGGUUCGAACAGAUCAAGGAGAUUCAGGAAAAUUGUCUAAAUCAUUUAAAGAUAAAGUCUUAAGGGUAUCGGCUAAUCUUCUAAGAGACAAGGGAUCUGUUUCAAUUAAUGAAUGUCUUGGGGAUCAGGAUGGUUCCACUAGCAAACAUGGGUCCCUUUUGUUCAAAGUGGAAGGAUCGAAUGAGGCCUCGGAUUCCGCAUUCACGAUAGGUCAGUGUGGGAUCUUCCAAUCAGGAGGAUUGAGUUACAGCUAUUGCACUUUUAACAUUGACACCAUCGCAAUGGUGAAAUACAAUGUGAAAGAUAUACGUUUAUUUUGGUCAGCAGAUGACAGGAUAUUCACCAAGUUUUCAGAAUCUGUUGAAAGAUGUUCAGAAUCUGAUCAGAUACCACCGCCUUCCCUGGAAGGGUAUAGCGUCCACCCCCCUGCGUACACUCAUGAUAUUAGCUUUUGGCUCAACGAUGCCACCUACGAUGAAUUUCACUUCUAUUCAUUGAUUCGGGCCGUGACCUGUGACCUCGUACGAGAAGUUCAUUUCCUCCACAAGUAUGUCAAUCAGAAGAUAAGCUACAACUAUAGACUUGUGUACCAGUCUUGCGACAGGGCACUUACGAGGCAGGAAGCAACACAGCUGCAGUUGGAUGUGAGAAAGGCACUCGAUGAGUGUCCAGGCCUAGGUGUUAAUCCUAAAUAAACAAGUUGUGCUGGAUUUACUUAAUUUAUUAAGACAUCGUCCACAUCAAACAUCCAUAAACCUUUAUCAUGUUACAUACUUGUACUUUUUGAUGACAGAUCUAUAUUUUUUGACGUGUUAUUAUGACCUUUAUGGUAGUAGAAAAUGUUAAACGGUAGGCCUAUAUAACCUUGUAGUAAAAUCUGAAUUAUGGGAAGCUAUCACCUUGAUAGUCUAGAAUGCAUAUUGCUAUUCAAAGUGUUUGACAAAUAUGAUGAACAAUCUUUUAUGCAUUUUUGAGGUGAUUCCAGUGUUGACCUUAGAGGAUUGAUGUUAAUUCAAGUUGUUACAUUAGCACAUCACCAAAGUUAAGAUGGAGCAGGUCAUUAGGUGUUGAGCCAUCUUUUGAUGUUAUUUAGAUCAUCUUAUUUUGAAGUCUUGAAACUAGGGACAGUUUAAAAUGCACCAGUAACAUCAACCUUUACACUGAACAUGAAAUCACCAAUUGUUUUUGACCAAUCACCAUGCUCCUUUGUUAUUCAUUGACAGAGUGACUUGACCUUCAAGAAAAGAAACAAACGCAAAAUCAAAUGCUCUCCAUGUUACUCUUUUUCCAUCUUUUGCAAUGAAAUACUUUCAGCUGCAGCAAGAUUGAAAUAAGAAACUGACAAAUCAGAUGCAUGAAAGAAGAUUAUAUCAGUAUCCUACAGUUUUUUACACACUGUUUUGAAAUGUUACUGUAUAGUAUAGUUUCUUUAUCAGGAUUUUCCAUGCAAUGUUAAUGUUUCUUUAAUAUGAUUAUGAAUACAACCAUGAAUUAUGGUGUCGUUUGAUUUCUUUUGUUUAAAUUUUUUUUUUUCCAUUUGCGUUUCCAGCUAUUCCAGCAUGUUAAAAGCCUGUAUUUGUACAGGUGUGAUAAAGCAAAUUAUACAUUCCAAUCUUCAGAAAGUAAUCAAGUUCAGUAUUCUAUUAUGGCCUGCUCAACAUGAAUAAUAAAUAGAGAUUUUUAGCAAUCACUACAUGGCCGCUCUCGCACCACUUCCUUUGAAAAUGCAAGUCAAAUGACAACGGAAAGCUUUUGUCGAAAGUUGGUGGACCAGGGGCCCGUAACACAAAGGUUAGCGAUCGAUCGUACGUACGCCUGAUUUUCACGAUUGAUUGUACAUUGUAGCCAAUGAAAUCAAUCCUAGAAAAAUGUUCUAUGAUCAUUGUUAAGUUUUAUGUUACGGGCCCCAGGACAGCAGAUCAUCCGAAGAUUUACACCGACGAACAAUUAUGUUGGUAUCCAGAGUAAAGACACUACGCUGCUGUCCACCAUGCUUUCGACAGUAGCCUCUCGGCUUUCCAUUGUGGUUUGACUUGUAUUUUUAAAGGAAUAAGCCAGUUCGUUGUCCCUUUCUGCGCUUGAUCAGAGGAAGGUCAUUUGUACUAAAGUGACAUGGUGGUUUAAAAUCUAAUUAGAUAAGCACUAAAUAUGAUGUCUUGAUUAUUCAUAUAUUCUUUUGAAUUGUGGUUUUCAUUUACAUCCACAAAAAACCACAACGCAUCCACGAACGACUGGUUUUCAGUUUGCCAAGUACAUUGUGCAACAUGCUAUGAUAUGCAUUCAAAGUAGGAAUGCAACAAAUACCUUCAUAAAGUGUUCAUUGGUGUGCUAUUCUAGUCACCUGGUCUAUUCAAUUUCCUCAUCCUGCUAUGUAAGGCAAGCUUACGUAAUAUUUUGCUUUGAAAUCUGCCUAUCAUAAUGAAAGGUCAUUUGACCGGAAAUUGUCCAUGAGUGACUACGAACUGGUCUAUCAGGGCGCUACACAGAGGCCGUGUGGUGAUUGCGAAACUCUAGUAUUGUCCAGUCCGUUUCAUUACAAAUUACACCAUGUGUAUAUUUCAUUGUUUCAUCUAUAUUGAAUGUAUGAAUUAAUGGAAUAACAAAAUGUAUUUAUUGUGAAAGGGAAUUAAUUAAAUAUAAUUAUAAAGAAAUGAAUGUCUUUGUCUAUUUCCAUCCAUCCUGUUCUCUUGUAAACACACAGUAAAUACAUGUGCAUUAUACAAGAACCAGUAAACGGAAGAUGAUAAUCCAAAAGGGACAAUUUGAUUAUCAAAUUUUCUGAAAGAAAUUUCUUUUCUGACUUAUAAGUAGAAUUUUACUUUUUUUCCCUCCCAUUUAGAAUGAUUAGAAUGAAGUUUUAUUGUAUUUCAAUAUCUCAUUCUCUCCCAGUGAUGCCCUCGAAUCCUGUCUACCCAAAUAAUCUCCCAUCCUGCCUUUCCUACCACCCCCCCUUCUUUCUUUCUCUUAGUUUCCUUUUCAUUCACUUUCACAUUUUCUGAUAAACUAAUCAAAAGCAACAGCAGGACAAGAAAAUACACUGACAAGAAAUUUAUUUGUUUGCACAAAAGUGGCAACGGUACACCCAUAAAACCAUGAUAAUAACAAUCAUAAUGAAAACUACACAGCUCACACGAGAAUGAUAAAAACACCACAUUUUUAAAAUGCUUAGAAAUUACAAAAAAAAAAGAUUUGUCACAAAAAACCAUGACUGACAAAUUUUUGCAAUAGUACUAGAUGUAAAUAUCACAUAAGAAUCUCGAUUUGAAUCGGCACUUUGUGGGCUUUUAUUACCAUUGACUAGAAAAGUUUAAAAAUGACUACCAAAAUCUUGUACUGAUCAAGUGGUUUGUACUGGUAUGUUCCUACACCUGGCUGUUAGAAGCAUAUAAGGCAUUAAAAUAUGUAUAUCAACUUUCCAAAGGGAACAAUAUAUCAUCAGAUGGCUGAAAAAAGGCCGUACACAGGAGUGCAACAAAUUGUUUACAUUUAGGUAGAAGUGUCGGCUCAGGCAAGCUUGCCGUCAAAAUGGAAGUGCACGCCAGGGCUGACGCCAUUCUGUCAGCGUACAGUAUUUGAUGCACUAGUGUCAACACCCUUUGGUAAACCAUGUGACAAUAUAUGUUGUCACUUCAGUGUUCUUCGUGUAUAAAUUAAUUUUUAC